CGCUGAAACGUAAACUCGCUCUGCUCGCAUGUUCAUUAUUUUGUCGACGAAGUUACACCACUUUUAGCAACAAUUUCAUAAUACAUAAGUUUGUUGCUGUAGCGUUAGUUAAAUUUCAUUAUCUCGACGUACUGCUUCAUUUUCUUGGAAACAUAGACCAUUUUAAAAGCUAACCGAUUGGAUUAAAAGCAUGGCAGUUCGUGUGCAGUUCGAAAACAAUAAUGAAGUUGGUGUAUUCGCGAAGCUCACAAACACCUACUGCUUGGUUGCAAUCGGAGGUUCUGAAAACUUCUAUAGUGUCUUUGAAGGGGAGUUGUCAGACAUUAUUCCAGUCGUACACACUUCCAUUGCAGGCUGUCGGAUAAUUGGGAGGCUAUGUGUUGGAAAUAGGCAUGGUCUACUUGUCCCCAGCUCUACCACAGAUCAGGAAUUGCAACAAAUGAGAAAUUCUCUACCCGAUAGUGUGAAAAUUCAGCGAGUUGAGGAAAAAUUGUCGGCACUAGGAAAUGUUAUUGCAUGCAACGAUUACGUGGCAUUGGUGCAUCCGGAUCUGGAUAGGGAAACAGAAGAAUUGUUAGCAGACGUUCUAAAGGUGGAAGUAUUUCGGCAAACAUUGGCUGACAAUGUCUUGGUCGGAAGCUACUGUGCUCUAAGUAACCAAGGAGGUCUGGUUCACCCAAAGACAUCAGUAGAAGAUCAAGAUGAACUAUCAUCACUCAUUCAAGUUCCUCUAGUGGCUGGAACUGUCAACCGAGGUAGUGAUGUGAUUGGUGCCGGAAUGGUUGUCAAUGAUUGGUGCGCAUUCUGUGGCAUUGACACUACAAGUACAGAGCUCUCAGUCGUUGAAAGUGUUUUUAAACUACAAGAUCAACAUCCAUCCGCAAUUGCGACGAAGAUGCGAGAGUCGCUCAUAGAUAGUAUGACAUAAGAAGUGAACUAACAUGGUAACAUGGAAGUCAACAGAGUAUGUGGACAACAGUAAUUGUUGAAUUCCAUCGACCUAUAAACUUCAGCUCAGUGUAGCAGGAUUUUGACAGUGGUGUGUAAGUUCAGUCUUAAAUGCAUUGCAUAACAAAGCAGAUAUUUAUUAUCAGAGUGCAUUGCUAUAAUCUUGGGGUAAUAAGCUGUCAGCUUAUUACUCCAAACUAUAAUCGUGUCAAUAAUAAUGCACAAACUGAAAAUACUGCCAUAUUAGUACAUUACCUGAGCUUCAAGUAUAACUCCUUUUUCACAUUGUUUUAAAACAUAUGCAAUGUGAUGCAAAAUAUAAUCAGAUCUUAUAUAAAUUUCUAUAAAUUGUAUUGAAAUUCAUAUUUGUAUAACUCAAAAAUGUGGGAUUACAUAAGUGCAUGCGUGCAGGAGUGAAUAAAAAACAAAUGUGUUUGUAUUCACUCAUGUUAGAAUGUUGGCUCCUAGGCAUCUGUAAGAUUCAUUGAUUAAUUCUACAAAUGGACAGGAAUUGAUAAUCAACAUGAUUUUGAGUUCAAAUAUUCUUCACUUUUUAA